CUACUAAGUCAGGGAGAAGUACCAUCCCUCGAUACAGUGCGCACGCUUUCAUCAUCAUUUCAACAGCACUCGACGACCAUUGUCACUACCACGGUAGUCCAGUCUACCAGCAGGAGACCACAUCCGCACGAUCAACCUCCCCCCCUCCACCAAGGAAGAACAGAGAGCCCGAUCCUUCUCACACGAGUCCGUGUGUUGUGGAUGUAUGUAUUUUAUAGUGCUCCUGUAUACAUCCCGAGCAGAACAUACCGUGUCCAGCCUCGAGGGUUGUCUCCAUCAAAGUGGUUUUCUGCAAGCUGGGGCAACAAAACACUUUCUUCUUGCGAUCGACCAAGCGUGCCUGUCCUUACACUUAUCCUUACUUGCUUCUGCUGCCACGCCAUGGUUUCAUUUCUUUGGUAAUCAUGGCACACUUGGCAACAACGGCAUAGAUCGCACUCCUUGUUUUCCGUCCUUCUCUCUUUCUGCCCUUUUCCUCUCUUCCUGUCUCUUCUUUUUAUUUUUGCCCCUUCCCUUCCCGCCCGCUCACGCUCCUGUUCGUCUCGAACAUUAUUCGUUCCAUCCUCCAUCCUCCUUCGUAUCCAUAUUUCACCUUAGUUUGGCCUUCCUCCUUCGUCUUAUCUUCCCCGCUGCAUCUCAUGGCAGACGUUGCUGGUGCAGCGAUCUUCACAGUCCGUUCACCACAAUCACUUCUUUAAAUAUCGCAUGGAUGUCCUUGGAUAGUCUGCUUCUCAUCCCUCUACUGCCUUCUUGAAAUUUCAGCAACCGAGGGUCUCUCCUUGCUCAUUUCCAAAGCAGAUCCAGGAUGGCAAUGGGCGUAUCAGGCCGAACAACUUCCCUU